AUGCAUGAACGUGCGGACCAGUACGGCGCCAAGAUUCAGGGAUCGAGCGACAAGCGUCUGAGAUGGACGUAUGGAGAGAUGGACCGUGCGAUUGACGCACUCGCCAAGGGCCUGGUCGCUAUGGGUGUGACCAAGGGAGACAGGGUCGGUGCUGUGUUGCCCAACUGCAGUGCAUACGCAUUGCUCCAGUGGGCCACCGCACGAAUCGGUGCCAUCCUCGUCACUUUCAACCCGCAGUACAAGACACACGAGCUCCUUGCGGCACUGAAUCUCACCACCAGUAAGGCACUCUUCAUUACCCCCUAUCUGAAGAAGGUGCACUUCCUCCAAACGUUGAUCGAGGCCCUCCCGUCCUACAAGCUUGACUCACUGCGACAGCACGAGCUUGCCGAACCUGCUUUACCCGCUCUGCGCUCCCUCGUUCUUGUCGACAAUCUACACGAUCCCGAUGAGGACGGUCUGGAGGCGAGUGAGGUCAAGAGGUUGGAAGCAAGUAAUACCAAGGAUGAAGUCAUUAACCUGCAGUUCACGAGCGGAACGACCGGCUUGCCAAAAGCUGUUUCGCUCACCCAUUUCAAUCUCCUCAACAAUGGGCGAUACAUAGGUGACUGUAUGCGCCUUACUCCCGCGGAUCGACUUUGCAACGUACCGCCUCUAUUCCACUGUUUCGGACUUGUUCUUGGAAACCUCGCUGCUUGGACACACGGGAGUACGAUUAUAUACCCGUCGGGAUUCUUCGACCCUCGUGCAAUCCUUGAUACCGUAGAAGCGGAAAAAUGCACAGCUUUGCAUGGCGUGCCAACACAUUUCCUCGGUGUACUCGGUGAACUCGAGACGGGAGGUAAGAAGUGGGAUACUAGCACACUCAGGACCGGGAUUGCUGCUGGCUCCCCUAUUCCUAUCGAGCUCAUGAAAGAGCUGAUCGAGAACCUGGCACUGACAGAGGUUACGAUUGCCUAUGGGAUGACCGAGACUAGUCCGGUCUCGUUUCAGACCCGUACGGAUGAUCCACUCACCAAGCGUGCCGAAACUGUCGGUCGUAUCAUGCCCCAGACCAAGGCAAAAAUCGUGGAUGAACAUGGCAACAUCGUUCGCCUGGGCGAACAUGGCGAACUCUGCGUUGCUGGCUAUCUCGUGCAGAAGGGCUAUUGGGAAGACCAGGAACAAACGGACCGGGUUUUGAAACGACAUCCUGGAGAUCCGGAUACCUUGUGGAUGAUGACCGGUGAUGUAGCCAGCAUGGAUGCCGAGGGUUAUCUACAGAUCGUGGGCAGGAUCAAGGACAUCAUCAUACGCGGAGGAGAGAAUCUCUUCCCUGUCCAAAUUGAGAACUGCUUGACUGAUCAUCAUGCCAUCCGAGAGGCGGCGGUCGUCUCUGUGCCCGAUUCCAAAUACGUCGAAGUUCCAGGGGCGUGGGUUGUAAGAUCGAAUCCAAAACAUCCAGGAGCUGUGCACUUGUCUGCCAAAGACGUACGCAAAGUGGUGUUUGACGGUAUGAAUCGCCAAAAUGCUCCUGACUAUGUGUGGUUUCUGGGCGAAGAUGGUGUACCUGGUGAACUCCCCAAGACCGCAAGCGGGAAGGUUAUGAAGCACGUUCUACGCAAAUGGAGCAAAAACCUUGCGGAGAAGGGCAUUGGGCGUGUUGUGUAAGAUUGCGCAACCGCGUGACAGAUUGAUUGGCAAAUUCCAGGCUUGUAUCAUUAACAUCUCCAUCAGUUGUGUGCGGUAUAUAGGAGAAUAUCUCAGGUUCCAGUCAGAUAUUUGGAGCAGUUCGAAUUAGCUUUGACUUCCCAUUUGGAUGGUGGAGCCGCACUUCUCCGGGCCGACGAGAAGCUUGAGAAUAUCGCCGAAAGGGUAAUGGGAAUCAUCAUCGUCAUUCGAAUGCGGAAAGGUCGGAAGUGCCUACAAGAAGGCGGCAGAGGCAUUCGCCGUUCAGGUGACCUGUUCGUUCAAUGAAGAAUGCGAGACCUUGUGCAGGGGAAGUUGGACCAUCUCCUUCUCCCAAGUAGACCGGCCUAAUGAUACACAAUGGGGCUUUACUUGGUUGCGAGAGGUACAUUGGAACCUAAACGGCGGAGAUAGGUACAGAGUGUGCGCUCGUAGUGGAGCAACCAUAAUCGUGCUAAACGGCGCGAAAAUUGCAAUACUCUCCUCAACUGACGCGAUUACUGCACCCAGUUCUCGUGCAAUCACAGGAGCAGCAAGUGCGAUUGACUCACCUACUCGCUGCAUAGAUCCCCCGAAUCUCUGUUCUUGGUUCUCUUCAUUCGCGUUCCCUCCCUCGAAGGUCUUCAUUCUUUCCUGCAAAGGCAUCCUCCACCACAAACAUGUCGUUCGGUCGAUGCGUCUUCCAUUGAAUCCUGUCUUGCAGGAAAAUCCAGGACCCAGAAGUAGCUCGCCCAUUGG